AUCCUAAUGAAGCACAAGUGAAACAUUGGCUGCUUUUGUGCUUUUUCAUCUUUCCUUUUCAGAGCACGUUUAUUAUUUGUUUUCCUCACAAAAAUAUUCACUGGAUAAACGAUUAGUGGCUAGAAAAACUUGUGUAAGAUGUCUAGGAGGCGAAUAGAAGUGAUGGAUCCAUUCAUAAAGAAGCGCAGGCUGGAAAAGGGACUUGAGACGGAUGGUGCGAGCUCCAGUUCGUCUGCUAGUUCCACUUCAAGUACCCCCCAAGCGGCGCAAAGUGUGGUUUCGACCAGCCGAAACAACACAAUUAAUCCCCUAACGGGCGGGCAGUACUCCGCACGCUACCAUGCGCUCUAUCGGAAACGAAUAACACUGCCUGUUUUUGAGUAUCGUGCAGACUUUAUGAGACUCCUUGCGGAGCAUCAAACCAUUGUCCUCGUGGGUGAAACGGGUUCCGGAAAGACCACGCAGAUCCCACAGUGGUGUGUAGAGUAUGCACGAUCAUUGGGCACCAAAGGGGUAUCAUGUACGCAACCUCGGCGUGUGGCAGCGAUGUCAGUGGCUCAGCGUGUUUCGGAGGAAAUGGACGUGAUUCUGGGGCAGGAAGUAGGUUACAGCAUUCGUUUUGAAGACUGCUCAUCACCACGCACCAUCCUUAAGUACAUGACGGACGGUAUGUUGUUGCGAGAGGGUAUGAGUGAUCCAAUGCUCGAGGCGUACCAAGUAAUCCUCCUCGAUGAAGCUCACGAAAGAACCCUGGCCACUGACAUCCUCAUGGGUGUCCUCAAGGAGGUCAUUCGGCAGCGCAGUGAUCUAAAAUUGGUGGUUAUGUCUGCCACACUUGAUGCUGGAAAAUUCCAACAGUACUUUGACAAUGCACCCCUUAUGAAUGUCCCCGGAAGGACGCAUCCUGUGGAGAUUUUCUACACACCAGAACCCGAGAGGGACUACCUGGAGGCAGCUAUUCGUACUGUUAUCCAAAUUCACAUGUGCGAGGAGAUUGAGGGUGAUAUCCUCAUGUUCCUCACGGGGCAGGAAGAGAUUGAGGAGGCGUGUAAACGAAUUAAGCGCGAAGUGGACAAUUUGGGACCAGAGGUUGGCGAACUGAAAUGCAUUCCACUCUACUCCACCCUACCGCCAAAUUUGCAGCAGAGAAUCUUCGAGCCAGCACCACCGAAGAAGCCAAAUGGGGCAAUUGGACGGAAAGUUGUUGUCUCCACGAAUAUUGCUGAAACUUCCCUGACCAUUGAUGGGGUGGUGUUUGUCAUUGAUCCGGGAUUUGCCAAGCAAAAGGUCUACAAUCCGCGUAUUCGCGUUGAGAGUCUCCUCGUGUCGCCAAUUAGUAAAGCAUCAGCUCAGCAGAGAGCUGGUCGUGCUGGUCGUACGCGUCCUGGCAAGUGCUUCAGGCUCUACACGGAGAAGGCGUACAAGAAUGAGAUGCAGGAUAACACAUAUCCCGAAAUCUUGCGUUCCAAUCUAGGCACUGUUGUUCUUCAACUGAAAAAAUUGGGCAUUGAUGAUCUCGUACAUUUUGACUUUAUGGACCCACCGGCUCCGGAAACAUUGAUGCGUGCGUUGGAGCUGCUAAACUACCUGGCGGCUCUCGAUGAUGAUGGGAAUUUGACGGAUUUAGGUGCAGUGAUGGCGGAAUUCCCAUUGGAUCCUCAAUUAGCCAAGAUGCUCAUUGCCAGCUGCAAUCACAACUGCUCCAAUGAAAUCCUAUCGAUAACGGCAAUGUUGUCUGUCCCGCAGUGCUUUGUGCGUCCCAAUGAAGCCAAGAGGGCGGCUGAUGAGGCAAAGAUGCGCUUUGCACACAUCGAUGGAGAUCAUUUGACGCUCCUCAAUGUCUAUCAUGCCUUCAAACAAAGCAAUGAAGAUCCAACGUGGUGUUAUGAGAACUUCAUUAACUACCGAUCACUCAAAUCGGCAGACAAUGUGCGCCAACAGUUGUCCCGAAUUAUGGAUAGAUUCAAUCUCAAGCGUACAAGCACCGAAUUCACCUCGAAGAAUUACUACAUUAACAUCCGAAAAGCCCUUGUCCAGGGAUUCUUCAUGCAGGUGGCUCAUUUGGAGCGAACGGGACACUAUUUGACGAUAAAGGACAAUCAAAUGGUCCAGCUGCAUCCGUCAACGUGUCUCGAUCACAAACCCGAUUGGGUAAUCUACAAUGAAUUUGUGCUAACAACUAAGAAUUACAUCAGAACAGUGACGGAUGUGAAGCCUGACUGGCUUCUAAAGAUCGCUCCGCAGUACUAUGAUAUGAACAACUUCCCGCAGUGUGAGGCUAAGCGGCAGUUGGAGAUAAUUUCGACACGAAUAACUGAUACAGUAUAAAGAAGAAAAAACAAUGCGCGUGAAUUCUUUUUGCUAGAUGUAACAAACUGAAUUACUAAAAGAAAAAGAAAAAUGGACGAUAAACCUAUCUAUUAGCUUCAUAAAAAAUGUUUAAAAAUUCAUUUCACGACAUGAAAUUUUACUGAAACAAAAGAUGUGCGAAAGAUUAUAAAAUUUAGCUCUUGUGAAGUGUAAAAAAAAGUUUUAAACACUCAUCGAGUUUUAAUAAUUCGUAAAAAUCUCUUUAAAAUAGUUCCAAUUUCUCUUCUCCGUCGGAGUUUUCUCCUGAAAUAUACAAUCCUUUCCGUUUUUUGCCACAAUUGAUGAUUGUAAAAAAGCGUCACGAUGGUUUGGUUUAAGAUGAACAAAAAUAAAUUGAUUUUUUUUUGACAAUA